AAAUACAAAACUAAAACAAGCGUUUAUUUACUGUUUGCAUAAAAGUGUUUGUUAAAAUAUAUUUUUAUUAUAAUUAUUAAAGUUGAGUGUAUUUAUAUCAUAUAAAAAUAAUUAUGUAUGAAGAAACUGAUUCAGAAUCUGGCGAUAUAUCCAAGAAUUUAGACAUAAUUUCAAUCUCAGAAAUGACUUCACAAGGUUCAAAUAGCUUUCAUUUACAAAUAAGUGAUACUUCGGAAAGUAGUUUAAUAACGCCAAUAAUAAAUAUAAACCGAGUAGCUGAAUCGAACGAAAAGAAAGGACCUAUAUUUGUAGACCAUUGUUAUGCCAGGCCUUGGAAUUGGCGCCCCGGGGGCACCUUUCUUAAGCCAACAAAGACCCUUUUCAUGCCUAAGCCGGUUAAAAACACCAGGAAGAGGUCUUUCAAUCCCUUAGCACCUCUACAGAACUGUAAUGAAAAGAUCGAUGUUGUUGAAGUUCCCACAGAACCUCCCCCAAUAUAUGAUGUAAAUAAGGCAAGAAGUCUUAUGGAUGAAUGCGAAAAACACGUAGCGAAUUUAAAAAUAAACCAAGGUGAUGACUGGGAAGAGACAGUUGCUCCAUUAAAAAUAAAUUGGACCCCAAUUCAACACAAACUAUUCAAUGGAAUGGUCAAUAUUUUAAAUACUGACCGUUUAAGUCGUUUAACUUUUGAAAAUAGUACAAAUGAGCCCAUUUUAAGACGUACUGUGAUAGAAAAGUCAGUGAAACGAAUUCGACGACUUUUAGCUACAAUAUCUUGGGAUCCAAAGUUAACUCAGUGGCUUCAUCAACUGCUACUUGACCAUUUAAAUGGAUUUUAUCUAACAAUUUAUUUAGACAUGUUACAGACUUUAAAAGCAAAACUGCCCACAUUUGUUGACAAAAUGAUUUAUAGUGUGGGCAUAUCAAGUCGUACAGGAGCUGUUAGCAAUGAAAACUUAUUCAUGCUCCUUAAGCGCCCCUGGGACCCCGUUGCGUCCAGCUUAAUGCAGGAUAAGCCAAAGAAACUUCCGGGGAAUCCGGUUAUAGUCGUCGCUCCGUCAUCACCAAGUACUGUAGGGGAAAUUCCUUUUAAGAGAUACCAAAAAUGGAUAAAUUUACUAUCCAAUCUCAGUUCUGUCGUUCCUAUUACUGUAAAUAUAGGUAAUAUGAGUCACAGAAUGACCAUGAUGAACUGUGCAGACCAAAUGCUUGCUGCUACUAGAACAAGAGUGCAGGAAAUCAAAAAUGACCUGCCUGGUAGACCUAUUGUGUUGGUUGGAUUUAAUGUGGGAGCAGCUCUAGCCCUUCAAGUAGCCCAAGUCGAACAUGCGGCUUGUGUUGUUUGUGUUGGUUUCUCCUUGCUUACUGCAGAUGGCAAACGAGGGGAACCAGAUGACAGUCUCUUAGAAUUGCAAUGUCCGGUACUCUUUGUUAGUGGACAGUGUGCAAACAGAUCUUCGCAAGAAGAAUUGGAAGAUCUCAGAGAGAGAAUGCGAAUAGAAACGGGUCUUAUAGUCGUAGGUUCAGCUGACGAUUACCUGCGCAUAAGUAAAAAAAAGAAGCAGGCAGAAGGAAUCACACAAGACGUCGUUGACCGAUGCAUUGUUGACGAAAUUGGGGAGUUUAUAGGCAGCAUUAUGUUGUCACCGGUACCUCCUCAGAUUCGCCAUUCACCUGUAAAUCUCCCCAUAGAGGGCCAGUCAGCACCCAAGAGAAUCAAAAUUGAAAGGAAACGAAAUAAUUCCAACGACAGUUCCAUCGAUAGUGAACCUCCUAGUCCUACACCUAGAAUAGUUCGUCCUGUUGGAAGACCUCCAGGAUCCAAGUCGAAAAACAAACUGGAAUCUCGUUGGGCAACACAAUUAUCCCAAGGUACCCCUCCCAUUAUUAAUAUUUCUCCUCCUGUAAGUCCAAAACCACCACCCGUGAUAACACCUACACCUUCCGAAUCAUCUGUUUCUGAGACAACACCUACUGACACCUUCUUAUCACCCCUUACACAAAAGUUUGAAGCGCCCACUAAUACCGCUCAGUCGUUGGCUGUUACAAACACAUCCACGUCGCCACUAAAACCAUCUCAAGCUGCUAAAAUGCAGGCCAUGGGAGUAGGACGCCCGCUAAUGGGAUCGGGAAGUGUUAUUAAAAAAGACUUUAAAAGUAACGCUCCCAAAGGAACUAGCAUUAAAGUUUUGGAUAAUGUUACAAUCACUCCUGGAACACCAGCAAGGUUUUUCUCGAGUCAUGGGAAAGCCUUAGACGUAAAUAAAAUGAGCAGAAUAUCAGGAAAUUAUGGUAAAGAUAACACCGGUACUUCAUUUGGUAAUAUGAUGUUAAUGGCCGAAGGAAAGUUAAAGUCCUCUGGGACAAUGAUUAGGGGAACCGGAAACACUCCUGUUAUUUUACCGGUUUCCAAGAAUAAACAACAAGUCGGACCAACACGUUACACGAAGUACAUAACGUCAAAGCAACUGCCUGUGAAAAAGCCAGUGAAUCUCAACCAAACUGCCCCAGUAUCAUCAUUUAAUGCUACUCUAUCACCGCCCACCAAUUUGACCUCCCAGGAUAUUAUGGAUCUUCCAAUAAUUUUUGCAGACGACAACCAAAUGCUGACACACAACACCAUUCAACCAGCUCCAACCGAAUUCGUCCAGCAAAAUAUUUCGAAACCGUCUCUACCUCCACCACCUCCGCCUCCUGCUGCUACCACACCAGGAAAAUUGAUUUUUAUGAACAAAUCGUCAGCGUCCGCGUCAUCUGUCAGCACAUCCACUCCAACAAGCAUCAUUAUUACCAACAGUUCUCUUAAGAGACCUGCGUUAUCGGUACCUGUAAGAGCCUCAACACACCCUGUUAAAUAUACAAAGAUUAUCUUAUCAAGGGCCGGGACUUCUUCUACGAUUACAGAAACAAAGAAUGGAACAAGUCCUUUAAGUAUUGAGGGAAAGUUGAGUGGACUGCCUGCUGACAUAUCAGUUAAAAAAGUAGAGGUACCAAGCAACAAAGGUACUGAUAAUUAUCUAGAACCAAUCGAUUUGGAAAAGGAAUUGGUUGCCACAACAGUACCCAAGCCUAAUUAUGCUCUUGUUGGGAGAAAAGUUGUAGAAAAAAACAGUAUUAAAACAGAAUCACAAAGAGAGAAGAAUGAGAACCCUUAAAUAAUAUAUUUCCUAAUAUUAAGUUAUGCUGUAUUUUGCAUUUUAGUUACUGUGUAAUUUAGCACAUAAUAAUAAAAACUGCUUCUU